UUGGACCACAGAGUUUCUGUACUGCCUUUGGUCAGACUUUUGCGCAAACAACAAAACCGCAGUGUCCAAUUACAAUUUCUACGUUAGCGUUUUUAAUUCGCGUUGGAAAUAGGAUUUAGUUGGCAUAUGUUAUUUAGGCAAAGCUAGCUAGCUGCUAACAAUGACUAACUAUAUGGUUUUUCACACUCAAAUAGCCUCCGUCAUGGAGGUGUUAGCGAAUGCAGCCGUGGCAGAGAUCUGUAAACUCGUAGACGACGACUAUGCAGUGUUUCGUUUGGAAAUAACUCAAAGCCAGAAAGAUAACAGGACAUUGCGGAGGAAACUACAGCUACUGGAACUGAAGAUGGCACGGGAGCGCGCAGAGGGGACAAUGCGAGAGCGCGCCCUCGCAAGUCGUCCCAGUAGUGUCAAGAUCCUCGACCGAUACAGAGGAAUGGCAAAAGGUGAAGGAUAUCUCACUGGAGGCCACGGAUGCUUUGUGAAGCCAGCUGAACACACUACAUGGAGAGAUGACCAACCAAUCACUGUUGAUGAAGGGAGUGGAACCUCAACCCAGCACAUUAUCGUGAUAGAGUCUGCAGAUGUAGAGGCUGCAGGUCCUGGGGUUAAGCAGGAGAUGGCUGAAGGAGAAGAGGACCCACGGCACAGCAGAGACUGCCAGACUGCAGUGGCUGGAGCACCCCCUGUAGCCACGGAGGACCCAACCACCGCCCCAGCACAGCCCAGCAGCAUCACGGAGGUCAGUGGAACACAGAACACCAUCUUCAAGACAGAGACAUACCCCAACACUUCAACGGGGCUGGAGCGACUGGGCUCUCCUCCUGCUCCCCACUCAGAGUAUUUACUUCAUGGUAACCAUAGCCCGACAACGGUUCUGUCCCAUCAGGACCCAAGUGACUCGUUACAGACUGUCAAUGAUCCGUCCUGUUCAUACGCUACAGAGACACAGAUGAUACCUGUUGACUUGCCUGUGGGCUUAGACACACAGACUAAUCCAAUGAGAGGGGACUGGAACCGGUACAGUAGUAGUGUAUACUCUGAAAAGUGCCUGGAUGAGAAAGGGGAGAGUCUGGCCUUAGAUGAUGUGACUGUAAAGGUGGAGGGCGACGCUCUGAAAUGGAAUGAAGACAAGACUCAUUUAGGAGAAGGACACUCGCAGGGCAACAGCAGUGACUUCUUAGACUACAGGGAAAGCUUGGAGACAAAUCUAAAUGUUGGGACCCACUCCCCUUUACACGAGUUCAGGGAUCACAACCCAGUGUCCACGUCAAUGGGGCCUUCCGAUUCACACAGCCAUGUCCUUUUCGAUCAGGUAUUGAAUUCAAACGACAGGGUUAGGGCCCAGGCUCUGGGUGGGGGAGCAACUUCAGGAAAAAGUAAAGAGAAACGGUUCCUCUGCGCGUUCUGUAACAAAGGCUUCAGCUGCCCCCAGAAGGUGGAGAUCCACCAGAGGGUCCACACAGGGGAGAAACCCUACAGCUGUACCCAGUGUCAUAUUCGCUUCGCCCAGGCUGGUGACCUGAAGAGGCACCAGAGGGUCCACACAGGGGAGAAACCAUUCAGCUGUACCCAGUGUAACAUGCGCUUUGCCCAUGCUGGCAACCUGAAGAGACACCAGAGGGUCCACACAGGGGAGAAAUAAUACAGCUGCCACCAGUGUGAGAAGAGAUUCUACCGCCAGCACCAGCUGAAGAUGCACCUGAAGGUCCACACGGGAGAGGUGGUUCACACUGCAGGAAGAGGUUCUCAGAGAGGAGCUACCUCAGGAUACACCAGCAGAAAACCAUUCCACUCGAUAGCUUCUGACAUUUAGAUCAAACCCUGCAUUAAAGACAAAGAUGAAUUGUCAAAAGAUCCGCAGUUGAAUUUGGAAUUACGAGAGUAACAUGUUUUAGUGUUGAAUAUUCGGGAGGAAUGUUGCUUUCAGACGUGUGAUAUACACUGAGUGUACAAAACAUUAGGAACAACUGCUCUUUCCAUGAAUGCAGGUGAAACCUACAGUAUGAUCCCUUAUUCAUGUCACUUGUUAAAUUCAAUUCAAUCAGUGUAGAUGAAGGGCAGGAGACAGGUUAAAGAAUCUUUUUUUUAAGGCUUGAGAGAAUUGAGGCAUGGAUUAUGUAUGUGUGCCGUUCAGAGGGUGAAUGGGCAAGACAACAAAUUUAAGUGCAGGGUAUGUUAGUAAGUGCCAGGCGCACCUGUUUGAGUGUGUCAAGAACUGCAACGCUGCUGUUUCCCUUGUGUAUCAAGAAUGGUCCACCACCCGAAGGACAUCGAGCCAACUUGACACAAUUCUGGAAGCACUGGAGACCUUUUGAGUCAAUGCCCCGACGAAUUGAGGAUGUUCUGAUGGCAAAAAGGGAUGUAACUCCAUAUUAGGAAGCUGAUCCUAUUGUUUUGCACACUCCGUGUAUAAGGCAUAAGAAAAUGUGUUUGUACUGUGUGGGCCAGUGGUUCCCAAAUCUAGUCCUCGAGUAACCCCCAACAGCACACAUUUGUUGUUGUAGCCCCAGACAAAAUACAGCUGAUUCAACUCAUUAACUAUGUUUCCAUAAAUUUGCCCAGAGAUUUUUCAUUGACAUUUAGAAAGUUUGCGUAGAAAAUAGAUGACAGUUGCCUAUCGAUGUGUGUUUCCGUAGAACUGUCUUGGGUCGAUCAAAAACGGCAGACGUAAUGUGACUUCACAUCAAGAAAAUGUACCAGUCAAAAGUUUUGGACACACCUACUCAUUCAAGGGUUUUUCUUUUAUUUUGACUAUUUUCUACAUUGUAGAAUAAUAGUAAAGACAUCAAAACUGAAAUAACACGUAUGGAAUCAUGUAAUAACCAAACAAAACCAUAUAUUUUAGAUUCUUCGAAGUAGCCACCCUUUGCCUUGAUGACAGCUUUGCACACUCUGAAAUAUCACAUUUACAUAAGUAUUCAGACCCUUUACUCAGUACUUUGUUGAAGCACCUUUGGCAGCGAUUACAUCCUCGAGUCUUCUUGGGGAUGACUCUACAAGCUUGGAACACCUGUAUUUGAGGAGUUUCUCUCAUUCUUCUCUGCAGAUCCUCUCGAGCUCAGUCAGGUUGGAUGGGGAGCGUUGCUGCACAGCUAUUUUCAGGUCUCUCCAGAGAUGUUCGUUUGGGUUCAAGUCCGGUCUCUGGCUGGGCCACUCAAGACAUCCAGAGACUUGUCCCGAAGCCAUUCCUGCAUUGUCUUGGCUGUGUACUUUUAAAAAUUUCAUUUCACCUUUAUUUAACCAGGUAGGCUAGUUGAGAACAAGUUCUCAUUUACAACUUCGACCUGGCCAAGAUAAAGCAAAGCAGUGCGACACAAACAACAACACAGAGUUACACAUGGAAUGAACAAACAUACAGUCAAUAACACAAUAGAAAAAGUCUAUAUACAGUGUGUGCAAAUGAGGUAAGAUAAGGGAGGUAAGGCAAUAAAUAGGCCACGGUGGCGAUGUAAUUACAAUAUAGCAAUUAAACACUGGAAUGGUAGAUGUGCAGAAGAUGAAUGUGCAAAGGAGCAAGAUAAAAUAAAUUCAGAAUGGGGAUGAGGUAGUUGGAUGGGCUAUUUACAGAUGGGCUAUAAACAGGUGCAGUGAUCUGUGAGCUGCUCUGACAGCUGGUGCUUAAAGUUAGUGAGGGAGAUAUGAGUAUCUAGCUUCAGUGAUUUUUGCAAUUCGUUCCAGUCAUUGGUAACAGAGAACUGGAAGGAAAUGCGGCCAAAGGAGGAAUUGGCUUUGGGGGUGACCAGUGAAAUAUACCUGCUGGAGUGCGUGCUACGGGUAGGUGCUGCUAUGGUGACCAGUGAGCUGAGAUAAGGCGGGGCUUUGCCUAGCAAAGACUUAUAGAUGACCUGGAGCCAGUGGGUUUGGCGACGAAUAUGAAGCGAGGGCCAGCCAACGAGAGGAUACAGGUCACAGUGGUGGGUAGUAUAUGAGGCUUUGGUGACAAAACGGAUGGCACUGUGAUAGACACUGUGCAUCCAAUUUUCUGAGUAGAGUUUUGGGGGCUAUUUUGUAAAUGACAUCGCCGAAGUCAAGGAUCGGCAGGAUAGACAGUUUUACGAGGGUAUGUUUGGCAGCAUGAGUGAAGGAUGCGUUGUUGCGAAAUAGGAAGCCGAUUCUAGAUUUAAUUUUGGAUUGGAGAUGCUUAAUAUGAGUCUGGAAGGAGAGUUUACAGUUAACCAAACACCUAGGUAUUUGUAGUUUUCCACAUAUUAUAAGUCAGAACCGUCCAGAGUAGAGGUCGACCGAUUAUGAUUUUUCAACGCCGCUACCGAUUAUUGGAGGACCAAAAAAGCCGAUACCGAUAAUCGGCUGGUUUUAAAUUUAUUUGUAAUAAUGACAGUUACAACAAUACUGAAUGAACACUUAUUUUAACUUAAUAUAAUACACCAAUAAAAUAAAUUUGGCCUCAAAUAAAUAAUAGACAUGUUCAAUUUGGUUUAAAUAAUGCAAAAACAAAGUGUUGGAAAAAGUAAAAGUGCAAUAUUUGCCAUGUAAGAAAGCUAACGUUUGAAUCCUUGCUCAGAACAAUAGAACAUAUGAAAGCUGGUGGUUCCUUUUAUUAACAUGAGUCUUCAAUAUUCCCGGGUAAGAAGUUUUAGGUUGUAGUUAUUAUAGGACUAUUUCUCUCUUUACCAUUUGUAUUUCAUUAACCUUUGACUAUUGGAUGUUCUUAUAGGCACUUUAGUAUUGCCAGUGUAACAGUAUAGCUUCCGUCCCUCUCCUUGCUCCUCCCUGGGCUCAAACCAGGAACACAAUGACAACAGCCACCCUCGAAGCAGCGUUACCCAUGCAGAGCAAGGGAAACAACCACACCAAGGCUCAGAGCGAGCGAGUGACGUUUGAAACGCUAUUAGCUUGCGCUAACUAGCCAGCCAUUUCACGUCGGUUACACCAGCCUCAUCUCGGGAGUUGAUAUGCUUGAAGUCAUAAACAGCGCAAUGCUUGACGCACAACGAAGAGCUGCUGGCAAAAUGCACGAAUGUGCUGUUUGAAUGAAUGUUUACGCACCUGCUUCUGCCUACCACUGCUCAGUCAGAUUAUACGCAACGCAUGGCAUGCUAGAUAAUAUCUAGUAAUAACUACACAUGAUUGAUGAUAACUAGUGAUUAUGAUUGAUUGUUUUUUAUAAGAUAAGUUUAAUGCUAGCUAACAACUUACCUUGGUUUACUGCAUUUGUGUAACAGGCAGUCAGUCUCCUUGUGGAGUGCAACAAGAGGCAGGUCGUUAUUGCGUUGGACUAGUUAACUGUAAGGUUGCAAGACUGGAUCCCCCGAGCUGACAAGGUGAAAAUCUGUCGUUCUGCCCCUGAACGAGGCAGGUAACCCACUGUUCCUAGGCAGUAAUUGAAAAUAAGAAUGUGUUCUUAACUGACUUGCCCAGUUAAAUAAAGGUGUAAAAAAAAAAAUCGGUGUCCAAAAAUACCGAUUUCUGAUUGUUAUGAAAACUUGAAAUCGGCCCAAGAAGUAUACAGAAUGGUGUUGUCUGCGUAGAGGUGGAUCAGAGAAUCACCAGCAGCAAGAGCGACAUCAUUGAUGUAUACAGAUAAAAGAGUGGUACUUAAGGUCGUUAUCCUUUUGGACGGUGAACCUUCACCCCAUAAAGGCUUGAUUGGUGGAGUGCUGCAGAGAUGGUUGUCCUUCUGGAAGGUUCUCCCAUCUCCACAGAGGAACUCUAGAGCUCUGUCAGACUAACCAUUGGGUUCUUGGUCAUCUCCCUGACCAAGGCCCUUCUCCCCCGAUUUCUCAGUUUGGCCUGGCGGCCAGCUCUAGGAAGUCUUGGUAGUUCCAAACUUCUUCCAUUUAAGAAUGAUGGAGCCCACUGUAUUCUUGGAGACCUUCAAUGCUGCAGAAAUGUUUUGGUACCCUUCCCCAGGUUUUUCCUUCGACCAUAUGGAUUGGUUUUUGCUUUGCCACACACUGUCAAUUGUGGGCCCUUUAUAUAAACAGGUGUGUGCCUUUCCAAAUCAUGUCCAAUCAAUUGAAUUUACCACAGGUGGACUCCAAUCAAGUUGUAGAAACAUCUCAAAGAUGAUCAAUGGAAACAGGAUGCACUUGAGCUCAAUUUUGAGUCUCAAAGCAAAGGGUCUGAAUACUUGUGAAAAUAAUGUAUCUUUGGUUUUAAAUUUGCAAAGAGUAUUGUGUGUAGAUUGCUGAGAUUUUUUUAAUUUUAUUUAAAAAUAAAUUUUAGAGGAAAGCUGUAACGUAACAAAAUUUGAAAAAAGUCAAUGGGUCUGAAUACUUUCCGAAGGCACUGUAUAUAGCAACACCUCCCCCAUAAGCAUUCCUGUGUCUUCUAUAGAUGUUAUCCUUGCAUUACUACUGCUGUAUCAUCAAAGGAAUUAUCUAAGCGAGUCACAGAAAUGGCUAAUAUUUGAAUGCUAUCUGAUGUUAGCAAGUUAUUGAUUUUCAUUAACCUUAUUUCUAAGGCUACAUAUAUUAAUAUGAGCAAAUGUUUUUGCCCUUUCCUGGGUAGCUGCUCAGAGACAUACAUAAUAUGGAAAAGAACAAACAAACGAGGAAAAAAAACUAUUCAGCAGUCCAUUAAUCAGUUGGUGUGUGUGUGUUUUCUGCGGGUGGACAAUAAGCCUGUCAUAGUGGAUGUAAGCAAUGUACCCACACGCUUUGGCAGCUUUCAUGGCUGGGACAAGUUAUUUUUCUCUUCUGGCACACAGCUUCGAGAACUUGAAGAUUUUUUAAGAGAAUAAUAGGCAAUUGCUGGUUAAUCCAGGUGUGAAAAGCUCUUAGACUUACCCAGAAAGGCUUAAGGGUGAUUCUAACAUGUAUUGACUCAGGGGGUUAAAUACUUAUCUAAUUAUGAUAUAUUAGUGUUUUAUUUUUCAAUUUUUUUAAAUAAAAAUGUUAGAAUUUUUCUUCCACUUUGACAGAGUAUUUUGUGUAGAUUGAUGUUUUUUCUCUCAAUUGAAUCAAUUUUUAUCCUACAUGGUAAAACAACAAAAUGUGGAAAAGGUCAAGGGGUGUGAAAAUGUUAUGAAGGCACUGUAUAUGAUGUUCCCAAAUGCUUAUUUCAUAACUUCCAUUCAACUACUUAAUUUCUUUCCCAAUACACUUAAUGAGAGAAUGAAUGUAGUUUAUGAUGCAGAUUUGUAGUUUAGACGUGUAUGUGGUUUUUAUAUGGUGUAUUUUAAACUUAUUUAUGUUUAAUAAACACAAAAUGGGAUUGUU